AUGGACAAAGCGCAGUCAAUGCGGCUAGAGUCCUGCUCACCUCCAUCUUGGUGGGAAUUUGCGGUAGACCAUGCCGUUCACAUCUACAACCGGACCCCUUUGAAGCGCCAUCAAUGGCAGACUCCUUAUGAGGUCCUGAACAAGGAAGCUCCUGACAUCAAGCACUUACGUGUCUUUGGAUGCGGAGCAUACGUCUACCUGCCAAAGGAAACCAGACCCAAUAAGUUAUCACCUAAAGCUGAGCUGAUGACUUACAUUGGUGUCGCUGAUGGCGGCCAUGGCUUCAAAUUCAUGCGUGCCAAUAAUAGUAUAGUCACUCAGCCUACUGCGCUGUUUGAUGAAGCUAUGUUCCCUAAAUGCCCUAAUACAAAGCGACGGGCAAGCACUAGGCUGCAAAGUGCGCCUAAACCAGCUGACAGUCAACCAGAAAAUUCUGAUGAUGACUGGAUCACCGAUGAUGAUGAGCCAGACUCCCAUCCUCCUCCUAAAUCCCAAAAGGGGCCAGGCCAGGAUCGUGACGACGAACCUGCGCAGCCUCAGGCGCGAGAGCCUGAGAACCCACCUUCUCCACCUCCGGGGGAUCCUGCACCACAAGAUGAGCUGCGGAGACCGAAACCUAUCGCGAGAUUGAGUCAGACAAGAAGUGGAAGGAUUUAG